AUGGGUUGUGCUUGCAGUGGCCAUAAACCCAAGAAGGGAAAAGAAAACUCUCACUCAACUGACUUUGCCAACUUUCACAGAUCACAUAAUCGUGUGUCACCUGCUUCUCUCUCGAUGUUCCUUUCAGAUGAUGACAUCGUCGUCGCACAGCACGACUUCCAACCGGCCAAUGAGUCGGAUCUUCCUUUUAAAAAAGGAGAAAAACUUAAAAUUGUUCAGGAAAGCGGAGACUGGUGGUUGGCGCGGUCGCUCCAGACUGGAGAUGAAGGUUAUAUACCAUCCACAUAUGUGGCCAGAGUAAACACACUGGAGGUUGAGAGGUGGUUCUUCAAAAAUCUGAGUCGGAGAGACACAGAACGGCUCCUCCUGGCCCCAGGAAACAAGCCUGGUUCAUUCUUAGUGCGAGAGAGUGAGACAAGCCAAGGUGCCUUCUCCUUGUCCAUGAGAGACUUUGUGCCGGAGCAGGGUGACGUAGUCAAGCACUACAAGAUCCGGACCCUUGACAGCGGUGGCUACUACAUCUCACCCUCCAACACCUUCCCGUCUCUGCAGGAGUUGGUGAAAUAUUACUCCAGGACAGCAGACGGACUGUGUCAGAGACUGGGGAACCCCUGUAAGUCUGGGGCCCCUGAGAGACCCUGGGCAAAGGAUGAGUGGGAGAUACCCCGUGAGACCCUGAAGAUGGCGAAGAAGUUGGGUGCAGGACAGUUUGGAGAAGUGUGGAUGGGUUUCUACAAGAACAACCAGAAGGUGGCAAUUAAGACUUUGAAGGAGGGCACCAUGGAGCCCGAAGCGUUUCUACAGGAGGCUAACCUGAUGAAACAGCUGCAGCAUCAGAGGCUUGUCAAGCUCUACGCCGUCGUAACCAAGGAACCCAUUCUCAUUGUCACGGAGUUCAUGGCCAACGGAAGCUUGUUAGAUUUUCUGAAAACAGAUGAUGGCAGGAAGUUAAAACUCCCCAAACUGAUCGACAUGGCGGCUCAGAUUGCAGAAGGCAUGGCUUACAUAGAAAGAAAGAAUUACAUUCACAGAGACCUCCGUGCAGCCAACAUACUGGUCUCAGAAACGCUGCACUGCAAAAUUGCUGACUUCGGCCUGGCCAGGAUAAUAGAGACUGAAUAUACAGCACAGGAAGGGGCAAAGUUCCCAAUCAAAUGGACCGCUCCUGAGGCUAUCAACUUCGGCACUUUCAGCAUAAAGUCGGACGUCUGGUCGUUCGGAGUUCUCCUGACAGAGAUAGUCACCUACGGGAGAGUGCCCUAUCCAGGGAUGACCAAUCCAGAGGUAAUCCGUAACCUGGACAGGCGUUACAGGAUGCCGUGUCCUGACGGCUGUCCGGAGGAGCUCUACGAGAUCAUGAUGAAGUGCUGGAGGGAAAAGCCGGAGGACAGACCCACGUUCGAAUUCCUUCAGGACAUGCUCAACGAUUUCUUCAUCGCUACCGAGGGCCAGUACGAGAUGCAGCCUUAG